CAAAGGCGGUGGCUUUUUAAAAUCUCAUCACAAAUAGACUUCACCUUCCUUUAGGAGGAUCAUCAUUUUUCGAAACAUAUAGAAUACAUACACUUAUAAGUCAUUUUUUAGAAAAAUGUCGAGUGCAAACAAUAAUACGCAAACCGUCACCCCUCCGCCAAAGAGACUUCGUUCAAAGUCUUCGGACAAAGUUUCUUCACAGAGUGACGAUUGGUUUAGCGUUGUUCUUAACGAAAUUGAAGUGGAUCCAAGAAUAGAUACUUGGAAUUACUUCUUUCAAGAUUCUCACAUGUUGCGAGAUAAACCUCAAAAUUCUGAAAUUAUGUUUAACAUUCCCUUCAUAUUCAAGUUAUUCAAGUCAGUCAACCCCACUAAAAAUCUUGUCAAUGGAGUUGAAUCCAACUCACAAAGGAGACAAAAAUUUUCCUCAAAUCCGUCACCUUUCUCAACAAACUUUCUUUCAGAAGAUUUAAUAGGAAAAAUGGUAGAAACGUUAGGUAUUUUAUUAGAGGAAGUUAAGAAAGAUAUUCGGAUAACAAUAAGCAAUAUAGAUCAUUUAAUCCCAGCAAGCUUUCUUCGCGAAUUUAAUAAACUCGUUCAUGACUCACAUCCGAAUAAUAUCAAAACUCCAUUUAUCAAAUGCGUUGAAGAAUUUCGUUCUUUUAUUUCUAGAAUUCAACCAUCUUACUUAUUUUCUGUCAUAGAAUUAUUUAAAAAUGCUUUAGAUUCUUAUUAUCGGAUUACACCUUUUAUCAUCGUAGUUCAUAUGUUAUUCAAUAAUAUGGGUAUGGAUUUUUUGUGCGAAAAUAACGAAAAAACUUACAUGAACAUUUUUCAUGAUUAUUAUAAUUUCUUAAAAAGAAAUAUACCAUUAGAUGAUCUACCGCCUAAUGCACGCGAAAUUUUAGAAGUUUUCACUUGGUAUUUUCGUUUAGUCGUAAGAUCUCAGCCCUAUGAAAAAAAAUCAUCCAAUUUUUGUACAAUAUUUGUUCAAGUCUGUGUGGAAAUUGUACAAUUAUUGCAGAUUUUUGGAUAA